CCUCGUUAAUUUCAAUUAAUUACCCUGCCCCCGAUCGAAAUAAUGCACGGCCCCGGCACAGCACAACACGGGCGGCGCCACACUAAAAAUCCUCCACUCCUAGCGCUGCAGCAGCACACUAGCUGGAGCACAAGGCACAAACAAAGCGACGCAAACCCUCCUCCAGUUAGCUAGCCAGUGACAGUGAGCUCGCGCCGUCGCACUCGCAGCUAGUUAGCUAGAGAGCGAAGCGAAGGCGGCUUUGAUCGGAUCGGAUCAGGGAUGCGCAUGGCCGACGCCGCCGGAGACAGGCCGGAGGGGGUUGGCGGCUGGCCGUUCGCUGGCGCUGGCGCCGACGCCGACGCCUUCGCGGAGUACUCGUCCGUCUUCGCGGAGCUCGGCUGGCCGGACGGCCUGGCCGCGGGCGCCGGGGAGGUGCCGGUGCUGGAUCUGCCUGAGGCGGCACCGCCGGCAGAGGUGGCGCGGCCGGAGGAGCCGGCGCCCGCCAGGCCGGGGGACGCCGGUGCGUCGUCGAGCUCAAGCGGCGGCGAUGGCGACGGUGCCGCGAGGGGAAACGCCGAUCGGAAGCCGGCCGCCGAGGCAGCGAGCAUGGAGCCGGCGGCGGCGAAAAAGGGGCAGAAGCGGGCGCGGCAGCCGCGGUUCGCGUUCAUGACCAAGAGCGAAAUCGACAACCUGGAGGACGGCUACAGAUGGAGGAAGUACGGCCAGAAAGCUGUCAAGAACAGCCCUUUCCCAAGGAGCUACUACAGAUGCACCAACAGCAAAUGCACUGUGAAGAAGCGCGUGGAGCGGUCUUCAGACGACCCCUCCGUGGUGAUUACCACCUACGAAGGCCAACAUUGCCACCACACCGCCUCGUACCAGCUUGGUGGAGGCGGUGCCACGGUGCAGAUCCAUAGCGCGGCCGCCGUCGCGCUUGCGGAGCAAAUGCCAUCGUUCGUCCCGGCGCAGCAGCCCUACAACUUGCCACCGUUGCACCCACAGAGUUCUCCUACCUCGGCAUCGACAUCUUUGCAGCAUCUGAACGGCAGCGAGGAGCUGCGGCGGACAAGCUACAGCCCAAGGGUGUCCAUGGCGCGAUCGCCGCCGUCGUCGUCGCCAUCAGUGCCUCCUGCCAUUACAGUUGAGAAGGCGGGGCUACUGGACGAUAUGGUGCCUCAUGGAGUAAGACAUAGAUGAUGGCAAUAUAUAGUAAAUAAAUUGGGCUAAAAUAAAUUUUGACUAAGGGUCUGGUACUAAUGCACGGCCAUAAGCAAAUGACGCUAUCUCAAAUACUAAAAAAAUCAUGUUGUUUUUCUUUAUGGGAUAGUCUAAGCAGUUCGUUAUUCUGAUUGAAAUGACAUAGUUCGUUAUUGUCUGCC